ACCACGGGUUCAGUCUGCAUUCUGCAACCAAACUUCAACCAACCAAGCUCAUCCUCCUCCUCCCACCUCCUCCUUAACUAACUCGGCACUUGUGUACUUCUAAAUCCAUCUCGACACCAUAUCAGCAUCAUCCCACGAGCCAAAAACCAAAGACAUCCAAGACUUACAUCCAAUAUAAGAGUGAUAAUUUACAUAUGUACAUGCAUCGCAAAUAGGCCACAGGCCGACCAGUUCACAGUUUUAACUUCUUCCCCACGCCAAAAACUACUUACGACUUCCUUCUUAACCUCAUUUUAUUCAGAAACGAUCAAACUUCUUACCCAGAAAUUGGGCAAACAAAAGUUGGGUGCAAAAUUUCCAUAAAAUCGGCAAGAAAUUGUGCAAAAACUUUGCUCAAAAUUUCCAUAAAGCUUUCCCAUUCGGCAAGAAAUUGUGCAAAACGGAUACCAUUUACCGAUUCAGUGAGAAACUGUGCAAAAGCUGUGUGCAAAAUUUGCCCCUCAUUUCUUCAGAAACAUUAAAACUGUACCAAUUCCCCACUCAGUGGUUACAAAAUCUCUCCAAUUUGUGUACCGUACUAAUUCCCACCUCCAAUUAGCAGGUGUAUGUGUCUACUACACUAAACAAAAAAAUCUCGCCUUGAACAUAACAUCUCUUCGUUUGCUGCAGUCCUAAUGCAAAUGCAAUUCCAGGACAAUUUCGACUCGACUCGAGUAGUAGUUGGUGCAACGAAUUGACUCCUGAUACCAGAAAUAUUCUGCUCGUUACAUAUCAACUGCGACCCCCAGGAGGACACCACGCUAUUGGAUUGGGUAUUCAUUAUUCAUCCACCUCCUGCCUGCACAGAUAUUUACAGUGUCACAUCAUCAUCCUCGCUAACUCUCAUAUCUGACACUAUUAUAUAGCACGGAAGGAGGAAUAUUAUUACUAUGAAAUAUAUCCCCACACAGCCCACUCGUCCCAACACUUUAAAACUAAUUAUCAUGUGACGUAAUAACGCUGCUCACCAGUUAAGUUACUGUUCAUCUCUCAUCUCAAUCAACAACAUUCAUUCAUUUCAUUCGAGCCAAGAGACACUAAAUAUUUUCCACAUACAUCUCAAAUAAGCCAAGUAUCUCGAAUACGCCAAGUUUUUUAAUAUUCAUAAAACACACUUGGAAGGAAAUUGAGACGGUGAUAAAAGAAGACCACGAGGAUAAAAAGUGCUGCACUUUCUCAGAAAUCUCUCCACGACUCCUCCGAGGUCAUCUGGACGACCUUGGACCACUUCUUCUGUGAGAAACAUAUAGAAUCCUCACCUCUUAACCCUUGACCUUCCCCCCUGCCUGACCCCACCAUGACCUCCAAGGGGAACAGUAACACACUAAAUAACAACAAGACUCACCUUCAGCAGGAUGGCGCCAAUGCGAACAACACAGCCACCUCCACCACCUCCACCCCUCACACCACCACCCACCCAUCUGACCCCUCUUUUUUCAUAGGUCGCGACAGACCCAAGAAGCCCACCCAUCUCCCCUUAGGUAUCACCCUCCGCGACAUUCAGAACGGAAACGUCCCCCCAAACCUAUCUCGCAACAAUAUGACGCCCCUCGUCCUCAAAACCACCCCCAUUUCGGAUGACUUCAACAUCUCCGGGGUCACGCUAGGCGUCGGAAUCAAUGGAAAGGUGGUGGAAUGUACCCGGAAAGAGGCCAUGCUACCCGGUCCGGGUCAAUCCGUCGGUGCCGGCGGGAGCAAGUACGCGCUGAAGGUGCUCCGCGACAAUGCGAAGGCUCGCAGGGAAGUGGAGCUCCAUUGGCGAGCCUCCACCUGCAAACACAUCGUCUCCGUCAAAGACGUUUAUCAAAACAACUACAAAGGCACGCCCUGUCUCCUCGUCGUUAUGGAGUGCAUGGAAGGUGGCGAACUCUUUGAGCGGAUUCAAGACCGGACGGAGGGUGCCUUCACGGAAAGAGAGGCUGCCAGCAUAAUUCGCCAGAUUUGCAUCGCCAUAAAGCACAUACACGACAUGAACAUAACGCAUCGGGAUUUAAAGCCGGAAAAUCUCCUCUACACGAGAAAAGAUGCGACCGGGAUCCUGAAACUUACCGAUUUCGGUUUCGCUAAGGAAACAUUUUCACAACAAGCGUUACAAACGCCGUGCUACACGCCGUACUAUGUCGCCCCUGAAGUCCUCGGACCGGAGAAGUACGACAAGUCUUGCGACAUUUGGUCGCUGGGCGUCAUAAUGUACAUCCUCCUCUGCGGCUUCCCCCCAUUCUACUCCAAUCACGGGCUCGCCAUCUCACCCGGGAUGAAGACCAGGAUCCGGUCCGGGCAGUACGACUUUCCCGCACCGGAAUGGGCGGACGUUUCGCACGACGCCAAGGACCUCAUUCGAGGCAUGCUCACCACCGACCCGGCCAAACGGUUGACCAUCGACCAGGUCUUUUUCAAUCCGUGGGUCGCUAAACACACCGAAGUCCCGGCCACCCCUCUGCACACGGGGCGCGUCUUAAAAGAGGAGGAGCAAGCCUGGCCGGAAGUACAAGACGAGAUGAUGCGCUCACUUGCCACCAUGCGCGUCGACUACGACAUCCUCCCCAUCAAAACUCUCGACAACACCAACAACCCUCUGCUCAACAAGAGGAGAAAAAAACGAGAAUGAACCCCACCCCCCUACCCCCACCCAUUUUUAAAUCUCCCGCCCCCUUUCCCCCCCCCCCUACUUAAUCCCCCUCGUAAAAAUAUCUUCUUGUUGUGAUGUUGUUACUUAUGUAUAAAUACUUUAAUUAUUUUGAAAAAAAUAACCAAAAAUAAAUAAACACGCGAUAAUUAUUUCACCA